AUGAAAUGCCGAGGACCCGCUCCGCUUCUCUCGAAGCGCCACUUGCGCACCUCUGCUCAGGGCAACCUGUCCGCCGCCCAGCUCAAGGUCGAGCUAAGCCCGCCGGUGUCCGUCCGCACCGUGCAGCGCAUUUUGGCCGAUGUCGAUUGGCUUGUGUAUGCCAAGAUGGAAAACACGUUGGCGCUUACGGUCGCGGACAUGGGUGCGCGCAAAUCCUGGGCCAAGGACAUGCUGUUGCAUGAGGAUGCCGGGUCCGUCUGGGACUCCAUCUUUUUCUCGGAAGAGAAAAAUGGAAUCUUGACGGGCCCGACGGCUUUCAGCACUACUGGAGAGAUGUGCGCCAGUCCGUCCGCCAGACGAAGCGACGUCAAGCUGGAGGUGGGUCCAUCAUGGUUCGGGCCGCUUUCAGGGCCCAUGGCAAGUCUCCACUUGUUGUGCUGA